ACAUUUGCUCAACAUCUCCAAACUGUGAUUGGUCCUGAGCAAACCCCCCUGAGUGACAUCACUAGCACGCGACAGUCUCCGGUUUGUGUAUCGGCUGCUGAGCUAAACAGCUGCACCAAUUGUGUUUUGGUUUGGUUUCCACCUCCCAUGUGCAGUUAUCAUGAGCUCUUGGAGGCGAAUCUCUGCCUUGAAGGUGCAUCUGUCUGUGUGUAAACAUCUGGAUGGUCAGAUGUAGCUCUCAGCCUGCUCCAGGUGUUUCUACACCGUGUGUGUAUGUUUACAGUAACAUAUCAGAGUACAUGCAACUCACAGAAAUGGAUUUAAGUGGCUGCAUAAAAGACUUAAUGCUCUAAUCAGACAAUAUGAUUGUAUAUCUCUCACUAAGCUGCAACAAUGACUUGAUACACUUGAAAAAUACUGUUAUAAAACAGUAUUUAAGGGUACUUUAACUCUUUAUUUCCUAAGAAAUCAGUGUGUCAAAGCAGCUUUAUAAUCAUCUGAUACAGUGUACUGAAGAUGUCUUUAACAGCAGGUUCAGUUACACCUUGAACUUGAGUUAAAUGGGGCAGCAGCUGCCAGGAUCAGAAUUGGCCCGCCAGUCAGUUCUGCUGUAAAUCAGGUCUGACCCAUGACUGAGUACUACGAGGAGGGGGGGGCUGCUGUACGAGCAAUCACCUCCCAUGCACAUCAAAGUGGAGUCUCCGGAGGGACCCUUUGGAGGGGGAGCCUCGGAAAACGGCUUCCCCAGGGAGGAUGAGGACUCGGAUGGCAGCUGCGACCAGAGCACCGGGUUACCUGGUGGACUCCCCUUCAACGUGGUAGUGGUGCAUCCCAACAUCAUGGCACCUGGCAUGUCCUCAGACGACCUCUUGUCCAUUGAACAAAACAGAGCUAUGUCAGCUGCACUGGCUGCUGGCGGUGCAGGAAAAAGAAAGAGUCGUUUCAGCGGAGCGGAGCUGGAGGUGUUGGUGUCAGAAGUCACUCGGUGUGAAGGAGAGCUCUUUGGUCCUGCGGGGAGGCUCCGGCGGCGGGAGAGAGAGCGCAUCUGGGCAGGAAUCCUAGAGAGAGUCAACGCCGUGUCCAGAGUCCCACGCACCCUUCGGGAGGUGAAGAAGCGCUGGGACGACUUGAAGAGACGCAACGGGGGCAGGCUAGCGGAUGCUCGCCACCGCAGCUGUUACCUGCCGUCCAGCAGAGGGGCCUCGAUGCUUGGCCGUCCUUCCCAGACUAGCCCCAGGCUUCAACAAGCCAGGCAAAAGCAAAACAGCAGACCAAAGCCCAGUUUCCCAUGCUUCCCUGAUUCUGACACAGGUGUAGGAGUGGAAGGAUCAGAGAGAGAUGGUUUGGAGAAAGAUGAGGACAAUCCUGAGCGUGACAGAGAAAUGGGAGAAUCUGAGUGUGAACCAGUAGAGAACAGCAUGGAGGACAAAUUGGGAUUAGGACUAGGUCUGGGUAUAGGACCACCCCCUCCAUCAGAACGAUGGCUGCCUCCUUCCCCCCUCUACAGUGCCCCUUUCCUGAAUGGCAGCCCUCAGCCCAGUAGUCCUCAGCCUUCGCUUGGAGCACAGCAGGGUCCUCUUGAAGCCCCUCCGCGCAGCUCGUGGCUGGAAGAUGAGCUGCGAGGGUUAGGGGAAGCAGCAAUUCAACUGGGAAAUCGGGUCGAUAUGAGUCUGCGGGAGUUUGGGGAUGGUUUCAGACAAGACAUGAGAACACUUGUCGCUUCGCAGGAGGCAUUAGCAGUCAGUCUACAACAAAACAAUGUCCUCUUGCAGAGGCUGUUAGGAGUGCUUGAGGCCCAACAACAACCACAGCCACAGCAGCAUCGUGUACAACAAGCACACCAGUCGCAAACAUCUCAACAGCACUUACAGCCACAGCCAGUUCCUCAACAGCAGCUACAACACACUGAACCACUGCAGCAGCAACAACAGCGGAUUGAAGCACCACUGCAAACACAACUACAACAUCAGCAGCAGCAGCCACAUGUAGUACAACAACAAUCGCAGCAACACCAAACACAAAUACAGCAGCCACAAGUCACCCAGCAGUCAAAUAAUCAGUCAGUCGCGGCGGUGGUUCCUGCACCAUCGUCCCCUGACGUAAACGGCACUUUUCCCCCUGAUCCACCCGCCACCACAAACGGAAGCGCGCAGAGGCCACGGCGAGGAAGAGCUGCCGAUCACAGGCGCAGAAGACGGCGCUGAGGAGGAGGCACUUCAAAGUGCACAUCAUGCGUAUAUGGUGUUUUAAAAAUGUGACGAGAAAUUAUGCUCUUUUUCUAUUUACAGUAUUUCUGUAAAAAAUGGUGGAGAUUUAUGUCCCAUUUCAAAUCAGAAAUCCAGCUUGCACUUAAGUUUGUCUUCAGAGAGGACUGAAGCAGAUAAGAAAAUCUGACACGAGAUGAUAGGGUGGCCUUAACGUUUAGCUUGGUUCCUCAGACAUACGCUAAAAGAUUUCCUGAAAAACAGUUGCUCUCUGGAGUGACAACUUGACUGAUGGGACUUUCAAUACCCAGACAACAACACACUGUAGGUGCUGAUGUUUAACAUGCAUGUCACUGUACAUGCUUUGCAGCCGAGCUGCGGAGCUCAUGACGCCCUUACUAGUCCAGUACUGUCUCCUGAUACACUAACUACAUUGUCAUAAAGUACUUGUAAUCUGCAGUUGUUACCAUAUAUGGUAGUUAUACAGCUAUUGUACUUACCUGCUAAUGUAUGCUUGUGCUUUUUAACAGUUUCAUGGAAAAGUUCGUCUUUUCCAGCUUUUGUUGGACAAUAAAGGUAGACUGUGUUCUGUUCAGUGCAUUUUGAGACAACAGUGUUACAUUUGAAAGACUUUUAAAGACAAGAAAACCUUCCGACAUUAACAUCACAGUGGGCUCCAGCCUUUAAUUCAUAUGUUUCUGGUGAAAUUUCAAAAGCAUACAUACACGUAUGUAUAGGGGCUAUUUAUUCUAAUCUUGCAUGCAGUACGAUGGAUGUGUUUUGUAGAUAGUUGCAAAGAAACAGCAUAUGGCCACAUCAUCUACGUAGUUUUGCACAAUCUAUAUUUUGUAGAUAGCGACUGUUCUGAUGAAAUGUAACUUAAUAAAAGUCAGACAUGGACUGCAAA